CAGUGGUUGCACACUGGGGUACAUCCAAUGCUUCUGUGUUCUGUGUAUGAUUCAUGGGGCAAAUUCUCAUUUAUUGUCACACUUCCUCACAUUUCUUUCACAAUACAUUGCUGCCAAGCAACACUGUCCUUUAUUCUUAAUCUCCCCUGCCACAUGAUUUCUGGUCAUGCCCAGAUCUCUGCUCUCUGUCUUAAACUCCUAAGCUGGCACAAUUUUCUGAGAGGGAUGAAGAAUGGGGUGGUGAAAGCAGGCAGGUGUUUCACCAGGCAGAUGCAGAGAUUUGCAAAAGGGAGUUUCUAGAAUAAUUGCUGGAGCAGUUCUGGAAGAUGCCAGCCUCGAUCCCAGAGGCAGACAGGCGGCACAGAGCCUCAGCAGCAUUUUCUCUGAGUUUCCUCUCUUUAGUCUUCUCUAUCACAGCAUUCAGCAGCAGUUACUGGUGUGAAGGGACGAGGAAAGUGGCCAAACCUUUCUGCAAGGGGGACAGCAAAGGGGAUCUCUGCAUCCGCUUCAACAGCGCCGACGGCAACAGCAGCCAGGCUGUGCAGUACAUCUGGGAGACAGGAGAUGACAAGUUUGUGGAGAAGAAGUUUCAUGCUGGGAUCUGGUAUUCCUGUGAAGAAAUGAUAAAUGAAGAAGGUGAGAAAUGUCGAAGCUUUAUCAGUCUGACUCCAGCUUCUGAUCGAGGGGUUUUAUGGCUGUCUAUUGUAGCAGAGCUGCUCUACGUCGUGCUGCUCCUGACUGGGAACAUUCUAAUGUCAGUGGAAAUCUGCUACUACAGCUCUGUCAUUGAUGGGCUGAAGAUCAACGCCUUCUCUGCAGUGGUCACUGUGCUAGCAGGUCUUCUGGGCAUGGUUGCUCACAUGAUGUACACAACUGUAUUUCAGAUGACUGUAAAUCUUGGUCCUGAAGACUGGAGACCUCACACUUGGGAUUAUGGCUGGUCCUAUGGCCUUGCAUGGACUUCCUUCGCUUGCUGUAUGGCUGCAGCUGUCACCACUAUUAAUAAAUAUACAAAAACCAUUUUGGAAUUCAAACACAAAAGAAAAAAGCUGGAAAGGAGCUUUAGGAUUCAGUACAAGUUUCCUGACCACACAGCUCCAGAGAAAGUUUGCAAUGUGUAUGUGAACUCUUUCCAAAACCCCACAGAUGACCCCGCACACGCGUUACGAAGCCUGCGGCACCUGGCCACUAUUUCAGUCCUGUAAAGCUGAACCAGAUCUCAAAGCAUCCUGUAAAUUACAAUACUAGA